UUUUUGAGUUGCAGUCCUUUGAGCGUUCCCGUACGGAUCUUCUUCUUCCUUCUUUUCUCCUCCGCUGAAGAACAACACACCGGGGCUUUCAGUUUUCGUUGCUUGCUGCUUCCUUUUGAGCGUGGACGUUUUGACAUCAUGGUUAAUGCCAUUAAAGGACUAUUCAUCUCCUGUGACAUACCUAUGGGACAAUUUAUCAUCAACUACAAUGCUUCCUUACCUGCAUCCCAUAGAUUUAUCAUCCAUAUUUUGGAUAAUACUCACAUGUUUGUGCAACCCAAUGUAGCUGAUAUGAUUCGAAGCGCCAUGUCUGAAUUUCGAGAUCAGAAUUCGUAUGAGAAACCUACUUGAACCCCUCUGCCCCUCACUGUGUUGGUAGUGAAGGACUUCGAAGUUAUAGAUUUUACUUCUAAAACUUAUCUUUCGUCCCAACUGUUUCACUUGUAUUACUGCAAUAUAUCUCAACAAACUUGAAGAUCUGGAAUGGUGGAGACUAUGAGCUGCCAGUAAUUCUCAACCUAAAAACGACUGAUUUUGUUUUCGUAAGAUAUUUGUGAAUAUUUAAUCAGUUUGUUCGAACUUCGACUAUUUUUAAAUAACAAUUGCUUGGCAUACUA